AUAUUCAUCAAUACAUGAAACUGUGAAUAAGAUUAAAAUUUCACCUGUCUUCAUGGUCAACUUAUUUAAUUAAUAGUUUUAUCUAAAAACAACUUAUUUAAUUAAUAGUAAGUUAGUAUAGUAACAGCCUUUAAAUUGUUUCAACUUAUCCAAAGCUCCACGCAGCAUCAUGGCAACCUUCUCAACUCUCUCUGCGCUCACUAGAAGGCUAGAAGGAAAAGUAGCGCUGGUGACCGGAGGAGCGACCGGAAUCGGAGAAUGCACGGCGAAACUCUUCUCGAAACACGGCGCGAAAGUCGUGAUCACCGACGUCCAAGACGAAUUAGGGCAAUCCGUCGUCAAGCAAAUCGGCGCCUCGAAUUCGACAUACAUUCACUGCGACGUCACCAACGAGGAUCAUAUUCGAAACGCCGUCGACGAGACGGUCUCCGCCUACGGCAAGCUCGACAUCAUGGUGAACAACGCCGGCAUCGCCGACCCGCCGAAGCCGCGGAUCGCCGACAACCACAAGGCGGACUUCGAGCGCGUGCUGGCCGUGAACGUCACCGGCGUCUUCCUCGGCAUGAAGCACGCCGCCAGGGUCAUGAUCCCGGCGCGGCGCGGCGCCAUCGUGUCGAUGGCGAGCGUGUCGUCGGGGAUGGGCGGCGCCGCCACGCACGCGUACACGACCUCGAAGCAUGCGGUGUUGGGGCUGACUAGGAAUCUGGCGGUGGAAUUGGGGCAGUUUGGUAUAAGGGUGAAUUGCUUGUCGCCCUAUGCGUGUGCAACGGAUUUAUCGAAGAAAUAUUUGGAGCUUGAUGAUGAAGCGCUUGAGCAAUUCAUGGUUUCCAUGGCGAAUCUCAAAGGUACAACUCUUAAAGCGGCUGAUGUUGCGAAUGCGGCUCUUUUCCUUGCGAGUGAUGAAGCUCAGUAUGUGAGCGGCCAAAAUCUGUUCAUAGAUGGGGGAUUUGGCAUUGUUAAUUCUGCAAUGCAAAUAUUCAACUACCCUCAAUCUUAAUUCAUUCUAGACUUGAUUUCCAUUUUUUUUAAUUUUUUGUAUCGACUAUCUAUUUUACUUCAUGUAAUAAAUAAAAAUGUACGUUCGAUUUGUUGACAGAAUUCCGUAAAUUAAUUGAAACAAAUUUAAAUGAAAA